CACCCGGAGUUUCUCGCGAAUGUCUUCUUUUUAAUGGACGUCCAUGUGGUGGUGUAAAUAAGCCAGCCGAAAUUUGAAGCACCAUUCAGAAAAAAUAUCUUUGGAAUAUUGCCACUCUUGAAUGUUUGUGUUGCCAUCCUUCUAAAUAUGCUAUUAGAAGCGGUGGACGGCGAUGAAACCACUGUGUUUAAAGAGGUUGCCGCCUCCGUGCAGGUUCAGGUGGAGCCUGUGGGCCGCUGGUUCGAGGCCUAUGUGAAGAGGAGAAACAGGAACGUGUCAACUUCCUUUCAGGAGUUGGAAGAGGAGGAGGAGUCUUCGGAGGAGUCAGAGGAUGAGGACUUUCAGCUGGUAGAGCAUCCGUUGCUCCGAACGCUCGAUCCAAAGGACUGGAAGAAUCAAGACCACUAUGCCGUCCUCGGUCUUCCGCACUUGCGAUACAAAGCCACUCAGAAACAGAUCAAAGCUGCCCACAAAGCCAUUGUGUUGAAGCACCAUCCCGACAAAAGGAAAGCUGCAGGAGAGCAGAUUUCCGAAGGCGACAAUGACUAUUUCACGUGUAUAACUAAAGCUAUCGAAGGCCUGUGCGACCCGGUGAAGAGGCGAGCCUUCGACAGUGUCGAUCCCACGUUCGACAACGGUGUACCUUCCAAGAGCGAAGGCAAAGAAAACUUUUUCCAGGUGUUUCCGGCUGUUUUUGAGAGGAAUUCCCGAUGGUCGACCAAAAAGCACGUGCCCAACCUUGGAACCGUUGAGUCCUCCUUUGAAGAAGUGGAUAACUUCUACUCAUUUUGGUACAAUUUUGAUUCAUGGAGGGAGUUCUCGUACUUGGAUGAAGAGGAGAAGGAGAAGGCUGAAUGUCGGGAUGAGAGGAGAUGGAUCGAAAAGCAGAACCGAGCCUCCAGAGCUCAGAGGAAGAAAGAGGAGAUGAUCCGAAUACGAACACUAGUUGACGCCGCCUACAGUUGUGAUCCGAGGAUAAAAAAGUUCAAAGAGGAGGAGAAAGCCCGGAAGGAGUCUGAGAAGAAGGCAAAAGCCGAAGCCAAGAAGAGAGACCAGGAAGAAAAGGAGCGAGUCCGACAGGCUGAGGUGGAGGCGGCUCGUUUGGCUAAAGAGAAAGAAGACGAAGAGGCCAAGCAGGUGGCUCAGCUGGCCAAAAAAGAGAAGGAGAUCCAGAAGAAAGCCAUUAAAAAGGAGAGGCAAAAGCUCAGGACAACCUGCAAGAACUGGAAUUACUUUGCUGACAAUGAGGCCGAAAACGUGAAGAUGAUGGAGGAGGUGGAGAAGCUCUGCGAUCGGCUGGAACUCACGAGCCUGCAGUCCCUCAAUGAAAUACUGGCCUCGGCUUCAAAGGAGGACAGUAAAGUUGCGGUCGAGAAGCAGUUGCAGGAGGUGAACGCGCAGCUCCAGAAGGAGAGGGACGCCGAGGUUCAGGCCACGCAGGCCUCUCGGAGCGCGGAGCAGGCCAGCGGAGGAGGUGGAGUGGGCGUUGGGAAAGGCUGGAACGAGGAAGACCUCCAGCUGCUCAUCAAGGCCGUCAACCUCUUCCCUGCUGGAACCAACGCCAGGUGGGAGGUUAUUGCCAACUAUAUGAAUUUACACUCGACAAGUGGGAUGAAGAGGACAGCCAAAGAUGUCAUCAACAAAGCCAAGAAUUUACAACGGCUUGAUCCAUUACAGAAAGAUGACAUCAACAGAAAAGCCUUUGAGAAAUUCAAGAAGGAGCAUAAUUCUGUGCCACCCACCCUCGACAACGCCGUGCCCUCAGAGAGGUUUGAAGCCCCUGGUGGUGACGGAAACGCAGCCCCGUGGACCACAGAGGAACAGAAGCUUCUAGAGCAGGCCCUCAAGACCUAUCCGGUCAGCACACCUGAACGGUGGGAGAAGAUAGCCGCCACCGUCCCCGGACGAAACAAGAAAGACUGUAUGAAGAGGUACAAGGAACUGGUGGAGAUGGUUAAAGCCAAGAAAGCUGCACAAGAGCAAGUAGCAAGCAAGAGUAAAAAAUGACAACACUCUGACAAUAGUAUCUUCAUUAUUAUUAUUAUUAUUAUAUAACAGUAUUGUGUUGGUCUUUAUU